AUGGGAAGAGCUCCGUGUUGUGACAAAACCAAAGUUAAGAGAGGACCAUGGUCUCCUGAAGAGGACGCCAUUCUCAGAAACUACAUCGAGAAAUAUGGCACGGGUGGCAACUGGAUUGCUUUACCCCGUAAAGCAGGUCUGAAACGUUGUGGCAAGAGUUGCCGUCUGAGGUGGCUGAAUUAUCUUAGACCAGAUAUCAAGCAUGGAGGGUUUACUGAUGAGGAAGAUAGUAUCAUAUUGACACUCCACUCUAACAUAGGAAGCAGAUGGUCGGUCAUAGCUUCACAUCUUCCAGGAAGAACAGAUAAUGAUGUGAAGAACCACUGGAAUACCAAGCUAAAAAAGAAGUUAUCGGCAGUCAAUGCCACCAAUCCAACAACCGUAAUACCAAUCGUCGACAGCAAUUCAAAUAACUUUACUAGCAAUCCCUCUGCUUUCACCUUAGCAACUUCAUUCAACAAACCCCAGCCAGAUUGUUAUGGAAAUUCGACUUAUCCCAUCGUAGGUUCAGAUGCACCCGUGCAAUAUUCAUCAAUGGAUCAUAUGGUUCUGGGGUAUAGUAUGACUGAAGUUGUUCCAGAUUUGCUUUACGACUCGUCAUCUACUGAUCAAUUCUCACUUCCAGAGCUCUUCGAAGUUCAAGAAAACAGCACGCUUCAGAAAAAUGGUUUCACCACUUCAUCAUCUCAAGAGAUUUCAAGCCUUUCACCUUCGUGCUCUCUUGCUAAGAGCUAUUCCUCUUGGAAUGACAACUUAUUUGGAGAAGAAGUGGGAUUUUUCGUGGAAUUGGAGUCUAGAUCAUCUAACUAUAAUCUCGUACAAAGCGCACAGCAAGAGGAGAAAGUCAGUAAUGAAGCUGAAGGUUCCUGUUUACCUAUCUAUUCUUAUCCUACUGCUAGUUUUUUUGACCAGAUGUCUGACAAUAUUUUGCCACCUCAAGGGCACCAUCAAACAGCGUUUCCAAUUCUUGAUUAA